CCCUCCCUGCUCCUUUAAAGCACCGGGCGCACUCUGGAGAAGGAGGAGAAGAAGAGAGGGAGCGUCAAGACGGGGAAUCGAGGACAAAACUAAACCAUGAAUGACAUCAAGUUGGCUCUGCUGGGAAGUCCGGGCUCUGGAAAGUCAGCUGUCCUUGUGCGCUUCCUGACCAGACGCUUCAUCGGAGAAUAUGCCUCCAACACCAACUCGCUGUAUCGCAAGAGGCUGUCUAUCGACGGCAGGCAGCUCAACCUGGAGGUUUUGGACCCGUGCUCACAGAGCUCGGGGGUGACUUGUCUGGUGGAGGAGCCGGUGGACUGGGCACACGGCUUUGUGGUGGUCUACAACAUCAGCGAUCGCUCCUCCUUCCUCCACGCCAAGGAUGUCCUGCGGCAGAUCUGUGAGGCCCGACUCAACCACUGCAAAGGGGAGCCGCCCUGCGUCCCCGUGUGCCUGCUGGGCAACAAGCAGGACCUGUGUCACGCCCGGCAGGUGCUAGAAGACGAGGGCCGCCGCCUGGCCCAGGACAGCGGCUGCCGCUUCCAGGAGGUGUCGGCGGCCGAGAGCUACCAGGACAUCGCCGGCCUGUUCACGCAGCUCAUCCGCCAGGUGAUGGAGCACCUGAAGUACCGCGCCGACCGCCGCCGCUACAGCGGCUCCAAGUCCAUGGCCAAGCUCAUCAACAACGUGUUUGGCAAGAGGAGGAUGUCGGUGUGACCACCAAUAAACUGUAUUUUGGGCACUUUUAUAAAAGGGGAGCUUUACAUUUAAAGGAAUAUAUUUUCAAUAUAGCAUGGACUAUUUAUUUUACAAGCAUAUUAGAUGUAGUUUUGGUCUAAAUCAGGGGUCUCAGACACGCGGCCCCUACCUUAAUAUUUAAUGUUAGUGCGGCCAGCGAGUUUUAUAUGAAUGCCGCUUAACAGCGUUCUGUUAUUUGGGUCCAAAAUGGCUCUUUCAACGUUCUGGGUUGCCUACCCAUGCAUUAGUGGAAAAAUGGCAAAUGAGUGAAAUCGACAGAGAGGUUUCCAUGGAGACGAGGGUUUUCUUACGUGCCGGGCUGCAGUCACACCGCGACACCUGUCCGUCAGUAAUGACAGUCCCCGAUAACCUGGACCAAUUCAAACAGUUGUUUGUUUUUUUUAUUAUUUAAUUUGCAUUGCCUCACAUUUCUUAAUUUUCAUUUUGUUCAUUUAGAUUUUGAUUUUUUUUUGUGUUGAAAAUAAAAAUAAAAGACAUUUAAAAAUA